UUUUAAGCCUUGUCCAAUUGCUACAAAAGCAUAAAUCAACAGAAAUCAUACGAAGUAAACAUUAACCUCAGCCUCAGAGUAGGAUGGCUACUUAAGCUGAAGGUGCAGAAAAGGCAUGGGAGAAAACAGUUCCUCAGUCUGACAGAGCUCUGUCUGCCUGGGAUCAGCCACACUCCUGAUGCAGAUGGACAAACUCCCUCCAGAAGUGGAAAUCCUCAUCUCUUUCUUCUUCCUUAUCUUUGCUGAGAUCCUCAUCAGCUCAACAUCUUCAUCUUCCUCUUCAUUCCAGAAACAAAGGAAAACUUUUUAAUGAAAAUAAUGAUGAAUUUGGCACGUUGGAUUUUAGGAGACCUCAUUCCUUUACAGGAAAUACUUCCCUGAGGAAGUACCACCUACACCAAGUGGUCAGCAGAAAGACCAUAUAUGAGGUCAUAAAAGACCUUGAUGCUUGCAGACUGCAAGACAAAAGCAAAUUAUUGUUUUCUAUUAUGAGAAAAGAUACCACUAUUUUUUCACAGACACAAGUGAAAUCUUCACAAAUGAGAGUCAGUGUCACAUGACCUUGAAAAUGUAAGAUCAGUCAACAAUCAACAAGUCAUUAUAAUAUAAAAUGUAUGCUAUGUUAAACUCUUAGAUUUCACUUAGAACGUGUUUUGUACCUAAACAUCUUUAGUUCCAGUGCCCGUGAUUUUGUUAUUCAGGAUUUCAUUUUGAGUUUUGGAUUGUAACAAAUUCAAAUCAAAUCUAAAAGAAACCACUGAGUUUCUCUAGGUGUGAAAGUAAACUGCAGAUGGCUUCAGUCAUCCACAAUGAGUCCAGUGUGGCUCAAGCUGGCUUAGAACCAAGGCUGAUUUUCAGCUCUUUACACAAAACUGUUUGACACACCUCAUGGAGGUGGGGUUCAUGUGUUUGUCCAUUUUGCAGCAAGUAUUUCUUACAAAGCUCUAUUAAAAAAUAAUUCCAAGAUCUCCUUAAUUAAGUAAUAAUUCUUUAAACAUGAAAUCAUGCACAACUGCCAGUGUAGCAGCUUUUUCAAGAAUUUAGCUGACAUUUCCAACAGAAAUGGUCAAAUUCGUGGAUUUCACAAAAAUCCGGGAAGUAAGCUCCUAUAAUUAAUUUCUCUAAAAUUGUAAUAAGGUGAAAUAGUACCAUGGCUCAGAAUCACCAGAAAUCCCUCAAAAUGUAAGAGAAAUUUCACUGUGAGCUGGUGGGAUUUGCUGCUAUUUGAGGCCCUCAGUAAUGAUUUUCAAGGGGUGAAUCCUUAUGACAGCCUCCUUACACCUCACUACAAUUUGAGAAAAAAUACAUAAUGAAAAGGAAACACUGACAUUUUGAAACAGUAGCCAAGAGAUAUGCAAGCAGUUACAAUGUCAGUGUUCAAGAGAAAAUACAAAAAAUGCCAAAUCAUUCUAAACACUCCUGCCAGCCAGGAUAAACAGCAUUUGCUAUGCAGUUAUACAGACAAUAGUUGGAGUUACACAAGUUACUAAGGUUUUAAUAUUAACAUGCACUUUUUUCUCAUUUAUUUAGACUCACAGGAUUUGCAGUGAACCCCUCUGUAAAUAAUUACAUUCUCUGUUUUAUAAACUGAAAAUACUGCUGAGGGUGAGCUUGAGCAUUUACUGAGGACCUCAGUAUAAUCUCAUUUCCCCAUUUGCCCCCACCAGGACAGGCCCCUGGCAUGAGGAGAAUGAGCAAAGACUUUGAAGGCAAAAAAGCACAGGGCACCAGCCACACAGGAAAAGCACAGGGCACCAAUCACACAGGAAAAGCACAGGGCACCAGCCACACAGGAAAAGCACAGGGCACCAGCCACACAGGAAAAGCACAGGGCACCAAUCACACAGGGAAAGCACAGGGCACCAGCCACACAGGAAAGCCCCAGGCAAACCAAGCUGUUUUUCCCAGUGCUGGCUCCAGUGGAAGCUACACAGAACUACAGCUGGAGCUUUACCUCAAAAGAAAGGAGCCUCUGGGAAUCAAAGGGGAUUUUUCACUGCCUGCAACACUGAUUUUGAAGCCAUUCUGUGUCAAAAGUGAAACCUGAAGUAGGAAGAUCCUGAUGAUCCUAUCCCAAUUCAUUAGGGCAUAUUUACAUUUUUGAUAACUUUCAUGAGUCCUAGACUCUUACUACUUUUUCACCACACCUGGUCAACAUCCCCAUAAACACCAGACAACAAAUACCCUUCCUCAGCACAAUCUAGCUGAUUCAUAAGGCCAGAACAAAAUUAGCAAAAUCAGCCUCUGAAAUUUGCCUAUUUUUCUUCUAAUUACAAUAUUUACAUUUCAAAGAAUCUGAAACAGAACACCACAUACUUUACUUAUUAAUAAAUAACAGUAGCUAAACCUUAGACCAGCUGCUUUUUGUUUUCUGUAGAUAAUGGCAGAUAUACACACUAGUGUAUAUCAUAGAAGUAAAGCAUUUUACUGCUCCUGGAAACCUAUUUGGAUUGUUUUGCCUGAACUCUUCUAGUUUCCCUUUCCAAUGCCCUCACUGGUCCCCAGAUGCAAAUUUUCUCUGCUUUGAAACCUUCCCCCUGGAGACUGGACUAGAUGUAAUUAUUUCCUGAAAUAUUUAAUCUGGCAGCGUUAACUUUGGCCAGUCGAAGUAAAUAUAAGUGAGUGAAGAUGAAAUAGUCAAAAUUUAACUCUGAUCCCUGAAGCCAAAUGCCCAGUGCUGCAGCAGCAGGCAGGAGACAGAGAGACACAAGCCUGUGAUGACAAAGACACACCACAAGCUGGACAGCCAGCCCUCAGGCAGAGAUGACUGGUUUCCUUUCAAACCUGGUUCAGUACCAGGGGCUCUUUCGAAUGAUCACUGUCCUGGGGAUUGGUGGCACAUUCCAAAUUGGCUUUCAAAUUUCCACCAUCACCUACAUGUCUCAGCAUGUUAAGGCUUUCAUCAAUGAAACCUGGCUGGAGCGCUAUGGCUAUCCCAUCCAGCAGGAUAACCUCCUGCUGCUGUGGUCUAUCACCGUGUCCAUCUUUGGGAUAGGAGGGCUCUUGGGCUCUUCAGGAAGCAGAUACCUCACUGUCAAAUUUGGCAAAAAGAAAUGUCUCUUGUGCAACAACGUGCUGAUGAUAGUGGCAGCAUCCAUCAUGGGCUGCAGUAAAAUAUCCCAGUCCUUUGAGAUGAUUCUAAUUGGACGCUUCAUGUGUGGAGUAAGUGCAGGUCUUUGUGUUCCUCUACAUCACCAAUAUGUUGGAGAAAUUUCCCCUAGGAAGCUCCGUGGAUUUGCAAACUCUACUUCCUCUUUCUUUUGGACUUUGGGAAAAGCCAUAGGGCAAAUUUCAGGACAAAGGGAGCUGCUGGGCAGCCAGUCGCUGUGGCCCGUGCUGAUGGCCUCCUGUGGCCUCCCAGCACUGGUCCAGCUGGUCGCACUUCCCUUCUUCCCAGAGUCCCCACCCUAUCUCCUCAUGCAGAAAGGAGACCAGGAAGGCUGCAAAAAAGCCAUAAGGCAGCUUUGGGGUGAAGGCCAACACCAAGCAGAGAUUGAUGACAUCAUGAAAGAGAAAGCAACAAUGAAAAACACCAAGAUCUUGAGUGUCCUGGAACUAGUGAAAGAACCAGCUUUCCGUUGGCAGCUGUACAUGAUAGUUACUCUGACCGCCACAAUUCAGCUAUGUGGCAUCAAUGCAAUUUAUUUUUAUACUUUUGAAGUCCUCGAGGCAGCUGGCUUUGAUGAAAAAAUGGCCUCCUACAUGACCCUCUCUAUUGGACUCUCUGAACUCGUAGCUGCUGUAGUCUGUAGCUCCAUCAUUGAGAGGCUGGGCAGGAAAGUGCUCCUAAGAGGAGGCUACUGGAUCAUGGGUUCACUGCUAGCUGCUAUCACCGUGACUCUGUCCCUGCAGGACUGGUACUUCUGGAUGCCAUACUGCAGCCUUGCUCUCAUUAUCCUGUUUACAGUUGUCUUUGCUGUUGGGCCAGGUGGUGCCACGGUUUCCACCAGGGUUGAAAUUUUCAAGCUGUCCUGCAGACCCCCUGCCUUCGUGAUCAGCGCUGUUCUGAACUGGCUGGGGGUGUUUGUGAUCGGCACCACGUUCCCAUUCAUCGUGGAAAGACUGAAGCACUUCUGCUUCCUCAUCUUUAUGGUGGUACUUUUCACUUCAGGGAUGAUUAUCCACCUGUUCCUUCCAGAAACAAAAGGGAAAUCAAUCAUGGAAAUCACAGAAGAAUUCGAUAAGCUAAACUUUAAAAACAAGCAUAUUCCAGCAACUCCAAAUCAUGUCACAGAGGAUUACACCUUCUGCACCAGGCUUUGACUGACCAUAACGGAGAAUCAGGUUUUUGUAAAAAAAAGUAGGAAAAAAAAAGACAUUUGCCAUUUUCUGACUAACAAGUUGCUCCAAAUGGACUGUCAGCUUUCCUAUCUGUCACUUACAAGGUUCCCAUUUUGCCAAACCAGCUUCUUUCUCAAGCACUCCACUCUGGGCAGCUCUGAAAAGUGAUAAGGGCUGAUAUUAACAGGAUAGACUUGUGUGAAUCAUGAGCAUUUUGGCUUAACGUGCUGGUGUGUAAAUCUCUUCUUAACAGAGCAACUAAUACACACUGAAACUACACAUGUAGAAUUUAUAAACACUCUGCUGACCACAGAGAAAGGAAAGACCUGUGAUCCUCUCUCUCUAUGAUUUUUGAGUAUGUUUUUACAGCACUGAAAUGGGAACAGUGAAGUUCUUGGCUUGCUGUCUCUGGCUAGUGUUCAAUCCACAACAGAUUAAAGAAAAAAAUUAGUGGAAUAGGAGACAAAUUCUUUGUUUCUCUAGAUUCAACUGAAUGACCAAACCUUGCCAGGUUCCCAUGCACAGUGCCAUGCUGUCCUUGUGUAGUGUCUCGUUUGACAGGCUUCAACCAUUUCAGAUUGUCUUUCAGCAGCAAUCGAGCUAAAAGGACUGAUGGAGAGAGUCCAGCCACCAUAAACCCCAAGCACCACAGACAUUUUAGAUACUCUGUGCUCUCCUGCCCAUCACUGCUGUCAUCUCAAGCCUGCAGCUCUUCCUCCAGGAGAAGAAUUUCCACAGAUAUCUCAAGGACUGUGAACCCCACAGCAGCUGAACUGCUAUUUUCUUCCUGUGACUUUUGCCUACCUGGAACCUGUUUACUCCAGAAGAGCUGCCUCAGACUGGAAUGGAUUGAAUCAGAAACUUUUUUUUUUUUAAAUAUACAGGCCCAUGGGACAUUUCUUUUCUUUAUAAGGUGUCCAACAUUCUGUGUGUUUCCCUCUAUUAAUGAGAGGCUCACACAGUUCUAGAAGGAAAGCAAUACUAUGAGGAAGAACAUGAACAAAGCUAAGGCUUACUGUGAGGCACACUAUACAAUUUAAAUCCAAACUCUUGACUUGCACUGUAAAAUUAAUGGUUUUACCUCUGCUUUUGCUUUGAUUGGCAUAUUUACUUCAACUCAAAUAAGGUUAUUCAAAUUGAGAAUUCAAUUGUUCAUUUUAACUGCUGCUUAUUUUUAAUUGCAAAUGGUAACCAUAAUAAAAAUGGCAGAUUGCCUUGUAAUAAAA